AGAAUAUUUGUUCUUCAGUCAUUGGUCUGACAGUUGACAGUUGUCACUCUGUCUCCGUGCAGUGUGCUCUUUCUAAGGCUCUUUCUCACUCUCUCUGUCAUGUCAUACUCGUAACGUAAACAUAACCUCAAUUUACACGUGUUUUUAAUUUGAUAGAUCCAGCAAAAAUGGUUUCAAAACGUAAAAAGAAGUAUUCGACCGGAGAAGCAGCUCAAUUCAUGACCAGAAAAGCUGCACUUAAAAAACUCCAGCUAUCCUUGAAUGACUUCAGAAGACUGUGUAUAUUGAAAGGAAUAUACCCGAGGGAGCCAAGAAACAGAAAAAGGGCCCAGAAGGGUAACACCGGCAUCAAAACCCUGUAUCAUGUGAAAGACAUACAAUUUUUACUGCAUGAACCCAUAAUCUGGAAGCUCAGAGACUACAAAAUAUUCAACAAGAAAGUCGGUCGGGCCAGAGCAGUGAGAGAUUUCGAAAAACUGCAUAAAUAUCUCAACAAUCACCCUACUUUGAAGUUGGAUCACAUUGUCAAGGAGCGCUACCCAACUUUCAUAGAUGCCCUGAGGGACUUGGAUGACUGUCUCACCCUGUGUUUCCUUUUCAGCACUUUUCCUUCCAUGGCGCAUGUGCCAAGAGACCAAUCAGCUCUGUGUAGAAGACUCAGCUUGGAGUUUUUGCAUGCUGUGAUUGAUGCUAAAGCCUUGAGAAAAGUUUUCAUUUCCAUCAAGGGUUACUAUUUCCAAGCUGAAAUUAAGGGACAAACCAUCACUUGGAUAGUGCCACAUCAUUUUUCUUUCACCCCCCAAAGCAAAGCUGAUGUGGAUUUCAAGAUAAUGUCCACUUUUGUUGAGUUCUACACUGUCAUGUUGGGUUUCAUCAACUUCAGGAUAUAUCACAGCUUGAAUCUGAUUUAUCCCCCUAGAUUUUCCUCUGUGACACCAGGAGAAAGUGAAAAACUUUUAGUUGAUGAAGAUGUGUUUGUUGCUGAGAGGGUGGCUGCAUUGAAUGUGUCUUUAUCAAAGUCAUCCAAUGAGGCUCCAGAGGAAGAUCUUGAUAUGGAUGCUUUCGAUGCUGGAGAUGAUGCUGAGAAGAUAGAAGAAGCUAAGAAAGAAGCAGAGCAAAUUAAGAAACUGAAAACUAUUUUCAAGGGGUUGAAGUUUUUCUUGAACAGAGAGGUGCCUCGUGAACCUUUGGUUUUCAUUAUUAGGUGUUUUGGGGGGGAAGUGUCUUGGGAUAAAACCCUCUUUGUGGGCUCCACUUUUGAUGAGAAUGAUGAAUCUAUUACACAUCAGAUUGUUGAUAGACCUUCCAUGGAUAAACAGUUCAUUUCAAGAUACUACGUCCAACCCCAAUGGGUGUUUGACAGUGUCAAUGCCAGAGACCUGUUGCCAGUCAACAAGUACUUCAUGGGGGAGGUUUUACCCCCUCAUCUGUCCCCCUUCAUCGACAAAGACAGAGACCAGCAAUACAUUCCUCCCGAGGCCAGAGCCCUCUAUGAUGAAAAUGAGUUGGAGCAACAGCACAAGAUGGACGAGGGGGAAAAUAGUGGGGGGGAUGAUAAUGCAAAAGAAGAGGAAAGUGGGAAGGAAGAUGAGGAAGAAAUGGAAGCGGACACGGCCACGAAAAAGAAAUCGAAAUUGUCUGUGAGCACUGGCGAGGUUUACAAGGAAGUGCCUUGGGAGAAAAACAGACAAGAAAGACAAGAGUUCAGAUUGCGGGAAAAGAUGGUGAAGAAGAAGCACAGGAAACUGUACAAGAGCAUGAUGGAGGGCAAGAAGGGCAGGGCCAAAGAAAUAUGGCUGCUGCGCAAAAAGAGGAGGCUGCAUGAUGAAGAAGCUGCAAAAGAAAAGAAGCAGAAAAAAGUAGGAAAAAAUUAGUGACAUGUUACAUAUAUUGUACUUUUAUUAAUAAAAACUUCUUAAUUUUUUUUCUGGAAUUGUUUUUGUUACAUAAAUAAAUAUGGGUGUACAUGAUUUGCAAAAUGUACAGAGAAAAUAUUGGCAAUACAGCAAGAAAUACAAAAUAUACAUUUUUCGUUUCUCUAAAAUUACUCUCAAUAGUUACAAUUAAUAAUAAAAUAACAAAUAACAACUAAGACAUUUUACUUUUACCAAAUUCCGUGUUUUGUUUCAAUCUCCGUCACUGUCUUCUUCUUCUAAUUCUGGCAUUGGAAAACGUAAAAUGGCUGCUAUACCGGUCAAUUGCUCCAAUU